GCGUGUGCGCACGCGCAAUCACCCGUCACGUUCAGGCCGGUAAACAAGGAAUGAGCGGCCUCACAAGUCGGGAUUUGCCGCAGUUCAGUCGCCAGUGUGCUGUCCUUAGUUGAAAAUAAGUUUCCGCUAUGAACCUAGCUAGGCAGAACGUUGAGACCGGGGCCACGCAGCUCUUGUUUGCGAAUUUCAACCAAGAUAACACGUCCUUGGCAGUCGGUAUUAAAUCUGGUUACAAGUUCUUUUCUUUGCCUUGUGUGGAUAAGCUUGAACAAAUAUACGAAUGCACUGAUACAGAAGAUGUUUGCAUUGUGGAACGGCUAUUCUCCAGUAGCCUUGUUGCUAUUGUGAGCCUCAAAGCACCUCGAAAACUUAAAGUAUGUCAUUUUAAAAAAGGAACGGAGAUCUGCAACUACAGUUAUUCAAAUACCAUUUUGGCAGUAAAAUUGAACAGACAGAGACUGAUUGUAUGUUUGGAAGAAUCACUGUAUAUACACAAUAUAAGAGACAUGAAAGUUCUGCACACUAUCCGAGAAACACCCCCAAACCCUGCAGGCCUCUGCACCCUGUCAAUUAAUGGAGAUAACUGCUACUUGGCAUAUCCUGGGAGUUCCACCAUUGGAGAAGUCCAGGUCUUUGACACCGUCAACUUGAGAGCAGCUAAUAUGAUCCCUGCCCAUAAUAGUCCUCUGGCAGCUUUGGCGUUUGAUGCAAGUGGCACGAAACUGGCAACCGCUUCAGAAAAGGGCACAGUGAUCCGUGUUUUUUCCAUUCCGGAAGGUCAGAAACUCUUUGAGCUCAGGCGAGGAAUGAAAAGGUGUGUGACAAUAUUUUCACUGGCAUUCAGCUUGGAUGGAGCAUUUCUUUCUGCCUCAAGUAACACAGAGACUGUACAUAUCUUCAAGUUGGAGACAGUCAAGGAAAAGCCUGCAGAAGAACCAACCACCUGGACAGGUUACUUUGGAAAAGUUAUUAUGGCUUCCACCAGUUAUUUGCCUUCCCAAGUAACUGAAAUGUUCAACCAGGGCAGAGCUUUUGCAACUGUUCGCUUGCCUUUCUGUGGUCACCGGAACAUCUGUUCUUUGGCAGUAAUUCAAAAGAUCCCAAGACUUCUAGUUGCUGCUGCAGAUGGUUACCUGUACAUCUACAACCUUGACCCACAAGAGGGUGGAGAGUGUACACUAAUGAAACAACACAAGUUAGAUGGAAGCAUGGAACCUACCAAUGAAAUCUUAGAGUCUGCAUCCCAUGAUAGGCCUUUUGUUUCAAAGAAUUAUAGUACAGCAGCAACAAUAGAUACUUACUCAACAUCACCAACCAGUCAUGCCUUUUCUGAUGAGCUUGGAGCUGUUGGCGGGACAAACUUCGAAGAUGAAACCCAUGCUCUUCGACUUGAUGAAGACAGUGAGAACCCACCCAUGGUCUUGAGAACCGAAUGAAUGACUAUGUUAGCUGUUCCUCAACAUAGGCACAGAACUACAGGAAGAUAUUUUGGGAUCUCUUGUGUUUGCUGCUAUGGACUAAUUUAGGGAACAGGAAAGAUUUCAAUACACUUAAAAGUUCUGCAAAAUACAAGUGGGUAAUUUCUACAAGUGGUAGAAGUUCUAUUAUUUUCACUUCACUCUUAUUGCAAUUAAUAGUUUUUGUUUGGUUGCCAAAAUAAUAUAUUAUCUGUUGCUUAGCAUGUUGCUUUGUGCCAACCAAAUUUAGGAAAAAAUAGAAACAAAGUUUGACAUUUUUAUCUUUUCAGACUCUGUGUGUGUAUAUAUAUUAUAUAUAUAUAUAUAUAUAUAUAUAUAUAUAUAUAUAUAUAUAUAUAUAUA